UAAUCAAGAAUUAAUGGAAGUGAGACGAAAAAAUUUUCACAUGGGUAUGAAGAAGCAGGCGCCGAACACAAGGAGACAGAAUGAAGUAUCUAAUGGACAAGGACAACAACAUCCCAGGAGUCGUCAAAGAAAACAGAUAAGUUUCAAGUCAUUUAAUAGUAAUAAUUUUCAACAACAAAGAAAUAAUAAUAAUGAAUUUCAUUGUACGAAAUGUGGUACUAUUCAUUUCAGGGGAAAUUGUAAAGCAUUCGGAAAAAUUUGUCGAAAGUGUGGUUUGUAUAAUCAUUUUGUUUCAUUUUGUAAAAGUAAAAGUGUUAAUAAUAUUGCAAGAAAAGAAGAACUUUAUAUAGGUUCAGUGGAAAAUAGUACUUCAUCUACAAAAUCAAAUUGGACAGUCGAUUUAAAAAUAAAUAAUGAAAUAGUAAAUUUCAAAGUAGAUACUGGCGCUGAUGUUAAUGUUAUUCCAUUCAGUUUGUACAAUGCAGUUUUCAAAUCCGAAUUAAUAAUGAGAGAUGAUACCAAAUUGAUAGAAUAUACAGGAAAUCAAAUCGAAAUAAUAGGAUAUAUUACAGCCCCAGUUUUUUAUAAAAAUAACGAAUUUAAUGUAAAAUUUUUUAUAGCUAAAGGAUAUGGCCGUCCAAUAAUUGGAAAAACCUCAAUAGAAGACUUGGAUAUUGCGAGAAUGGUAGCGGAAAUGAGUGACACCAAGAGGUAUAUGCUUGAUUUUCAUGAUGUUUUUGAUGGAAUUGGGUGUUUACCAGGUCAAUAUAGAAUUAAGGUAGAUGAAACUGUUAAACCUUGCAUCCAUGCAGCUAGACGCUUUCCCCAAGGGAUUUUGGAAAACUAGGACAAUUUUACCUGUUAAAAAUGAAUUGUUAUAUCAUAGAAAUAUAAAUUUUAAGCGACAGAGAAAUCUCUUAGUGAAAAGAAAAAACAAACAGAAGACAUAUCACGACAGGAUGUCAAAAACUUUAAGAAUUUUAAAUAAAAAUGAAAAAAUAUAUAUAAAAAUGAAUAAUAUUUGGGUAAAAGGAAUUGUAAUUAGGAGAAUUAAUUUAAGAUCUUAUUUAGUUAAAAUAGCAAGUACCAAUUCUAUAAUUAGGAGAAACAGAUAUCAUAUAAAACCAUACUUUGUGAACAGUUAUAGAUAUAGAUCUGACAUUGAUAUUGA